GUAAACCAUCCUGAUAAAAAUAUAGACUUAUUAAUGGAACAUCAUGACUCAAACGAUUCAAGCAGACAGACUUCUUUUAAUUCAAACCAGAAUUUCCUCACACCUCAAAUGGCUAUGACACAAAAAAUCCAGAAAAGCAGCGCUAUUAAAAGAGAUAGCGUGAAGCAUACGUUCUUGUCAAGAUUUUACAAAAAACUUAAUGAGAAAUAAUGGGGGUAGAAAUGGUAAGGAUUGGUGUAUAUUAGCCCAAGUUAGCUAAAUAGUUAUUACACAGUUGUAUUAUGCCAUCUUCUUGAAAUAAGUUAAGGGUAUCUAAUUCUUUGAAGGUAUGAAACGAAUUCCAAUCGGUACUAGACUAGUAAGUAAUUUAUUAAUGUCUAAUAGAAAAUUCUGAAAGAAGCUCCGAAAUCUGAUUCAAAAGAUAUUCCAAAGAAAAAGAAUUAUCUCAAGAAGGCCCUGAUGGGGUCUCAUAACUUCGAUAAUCUAUAUUAUACUCCAAAGUGGUCUCGUGAGUUUCGUAGAAGCUUUGAUUCCAACCCUAAAACCGAUCUCUCGCUAAAGCUUAAGGAAACUCAGUCAGCGAUGAAGCAGGCAGGAAGGCCUCAAGAAGGCAAAUUUGAUGCUAAAAUUGAGCAUCUCCUCACAAUGGAUCACCAUGCCUCUAGGAAUCAUCUUAAUGAUGAUAAUUUGGGGAAACAAAUUUCCCAGAAACUUAGUGAUAUCACAAAAGACGGUGUAUUUAAAGAUGCCACAAAGACAGUACUCCAUAUGAGGAAGGCACCCAUUGCCCAAAAGAAACGUGCUGUAGAGAGUAUGAACUUACCAGUACUUGGUGAUGUACCAAAGCUGAAUGUUUUGGAUAAAAAAAAAUCAAUAAAAUAUCAACUUGGAAGCAGCUUAUCACAUAAGCUUUCAAGUAAAAAUGAUCUGAAAUCCAGGUCAAGGAGUAUCAUGCAUUCGUAUGAGGCAAUUCCACGCUCAAUAGCUACAGUCUAUGCUUUAAAAAAUCGAAGAAUUAAGGUUCUUUCAGGAAUAAAACAAUUAAAAACAAAAUCUAAAUAAUAUGAGAAAUAUGAAAAUAUUAGAUGAAGAAGAUACCUUAAUAGGUAGGCUCAAAAGAGUCAAACGAGAAGUCGAUACAAGACUAGAUAAUGAUAUUAGUAGUAGUGAUGAAGAUGAGCCCAAACUUGAUGCUCCAAAGCAGAAUUUCAUUUCUUUAACUCACGGAACCUCAACCCUCGACUUUAUUAGUAAAAAUGUUAUUAUAUUAAAAGAAAAUCGGGAUAAAGAAAAGCAAGACCUAUCUAAAAAGUCAAAAAUUUUCAAAAAGUGUAAGGCUUCUCUAGAGGAUAACACAUUUUCUAAUAAAAAGAGAGGCCUCAAGCUCCUUUACCAAAGGAAAAGGCAAAAAGAUAAUAAUUUGAACUCAGUGUUUAAGUCUAUGAUGAACCCAAAAUCAGAGAAAUUCACUGAAGAGAAGAAUCUCACCUCCAUGGAUCAAUCAACCAGGUUAAGAAUUAUUCGGCUAAAGAAGAGAGGUAAUAAAUAG